UUGAAGGGGGGAAAUUUGCAUUUGCAAGUAUGGGAAGGCCACCAUGCUGUGAUAAGGUUGGCAUCAAGAAAGGCCCAUGGACCCCUGAAGAAGACAUCAUUUUGGUGUCUUACAUCCAAGAACAUGGUCCUGGAAACUGGAGAUCAGUGCCUACAAACACUGGUUUGUUAAGAUGCAGCAAGAGUUGCAGACUGAGAUGGACGAAUUAUCUAAGGCCUGGUAUCAAAAGGGGCAACUUCACUCCACAUGAAGAAGGGAUGAUAGUUCAUCUCCAAGCAUUAUUGGGUAACAAAUGGGCAGCGAUAGCUUCUUAUCUUCCACAAAGAACAGAUAACGAUAUCAAGAAUUACUGGAACACCCACUUGAAAAAGAAGGUCAAGAAGUUGCAAACCGCCUUUGAUUCGCAAAUAACUCCAUCCGAUUCAACUACAUACCCUCCUGUAUUGAUAUCCACAGGCAAAACCCACCCGAACACGAAGAUCACCAGCACCAAAAACCCUCACCAGUUUUCCAAUAUCUAUGCGUCGAGCACGCAGAACAUCUCAAGACUGUUAGAUGGAUGGAUGAGAUCUUCAUCAUCAUCAUCAACAACAGCUUCACAGAUGACGAAACUUGGUAAUCAAGAAACCAGUGGCAAAGAAUGCCUCAUCAAUGGUGUUGUGGAGAGUGAUGACUUCGAAUUCGAAUCUGUUCUUUCGUUCGAUAAUGGAUGCUGGGAGAAGAUGAGGGAUGGGUAUGGGUACGAUGAGAAGGCUGCAUGUAAUUUGCAUGAGAGGAAGCUUCAGAAACAAGAAAGCUUUAACAAUCCUCCAUUGACUUUCUUUGAGAGAUGGCUAUUAGAUGAAUCAGCUGCAAGUCAACUAGAAGGGGCCAUAGAAACUAAUUAAGCUGGCUACGAGAUCUCCAUGGCUCUAUUUUUAGUUUUUAUUUUUGUUUUCUGAUUUCAACUAUUCCCUCUUUGUUUCUUCAAUUCCCUUAUCCAACUGUAACUCUAGUUGGUGGAAGAACAAUCUACCUUAAUAAGAUCCUUAACUUUCCCAUCUA